UCGGAGAUAGCUUUGGUGGGUGGUGUUUGGUCCGUUUUAUCCUGUGGAUUUCACGGUCGAUUUGUAUAUUCGACAUGUAAAAAUGCACAAAAACCGGACAUGUUGAUGUUAAAUAAUGAAAGAGAAUUUAUUGAUUGAGAGAGAGUGUAGCGAGAAAUAUCACGGUGCGAUCAGUGCGAGAACCUAACCUUGUUUAAAAAUGAAGUCGGGCACCAUGGACAAACACAGAGGCUCAACACUUUUGAAACCGGAAGAAAACGAGCAGGUUUUCCAAUUAAUAGGGAAUCGGUGCCAGUGUUUAGCAGCAGGAAUUAUUCAAUUAUAUUUGACUGAAUCACCCUUGCACAAAGAAUGGAUAAAGAAAACUACAGGUAUUAUAACGUUGAUAAGGGAUAAUCCUAAACGUAGUUUCUUUCUUCGUUUGUAUUGCCUACAAAGGAAGGCAAUGUUAUGGGAACAUGAAGUUUAUAAUGCAAUGGAUUAUAAAGCACCGUUAACGUACUUCCAUACAUUCGAGGCUGAAGAUUGUAUGGCUGCUUUUAAUUUUGCGAGUGAAACAGAUGCUGUUACGCUAAGAAAUAUUCUUCUUGGUAAACUGAACGCCAAACGUCAAAGAAGACAACAGAAACGGACGAAAGUGGAAAUAGAAUCCCAACAUGGUGCAACAUUACCAUGGGGGAAUCAGAGCAACACAUCGCCGAUUGCAUUUAGUACAGGUUCAACCUCUAAUUUAUUAAACGGAACACCGACUACAGUUGGCGUUAAUAGAAGUGCUUCAAGCAGUUCUAUGUACAAAACUAAAAAGAAAAAGCGCGACAAGGCUAAACGAAAAUUAACAAAAGAUGAUAUAGGUCCUCCAUCAAAUUUUAGACAUUUAUCGCAUUUGAGAUAUAUUGAAUCCAAGGGAUUGGAAUUUGAACCGGAUGAUCCGCACUUGAAAAUAUUUCUGGAUAAAGUGGGCGUAUCGGAAUACCAAUUCAAGAAUCAGGACACGCGUAAUUUUAUUUAUGAAUUUAUCGAAAAGAACGGUGGCAUGAACGCUAUUCGAGAAGAUAUUUCCAUUUCUACUUCGAAACCUAGCACACAGCAACAACCGCAGCAACAACCUCUACCGGUAGCACCUCAACGACAGGAAUAUCCUCCUCCGGUUCCUGCGCGAACAAUACCUCAUCAAACGAGAAGCGCUCCGCCACUACCUCCAAAUCGAUUUAAUGCGCCUUCAACACCACCGAGCGCACCAGCUAAUGCGCCACCGGUGCAUAGAACAUUACCAUCACGACCGCCUCCACCUUCUUUAACCGCUGUACCAUCACUUCCACCACCCCCGCCGCCACCUCCACCAGCUCUAGCUCCACCAUCCAGGACCAAUUCAAUCGCACCUGUUCCACCUCCACCACCAUUGCCUAAUUUAGUUAACACAGAUGAAGGCACUUUCAACACAAGUGCUAAGAAUAAUAAUAAUAAUAAUACUAGUAAUAAUAAUAACGAAGAAAAUGCUGAUCCUCAUUCGAUGCUCAUGGAAUCCAUCAGAAGUGGCACUACACUUAGAAAAGUCGAUAAAUCCGAAAUAAAACAAAAAGAGGUCCCCGUUCCAGGGGAUUCUAGAAAUGCUUUAUUGGAACAAAUUCGUCAAGGAGUUGAAUUAAGGCCUGUUGUGAACGAAGUAAAACCUAAGACGCCUCCGAUAUUUCAAGGAGGAUUAGCUAGUGCUUUGUCGAGGGCUCUUGCUGAGCGAUCGAGUGCAAUCCAUAGUGAAAGUGAUGAAUCGACUAGUGAAACCAGUGAUGAUGAUGAGUGGGACGAUUAACUCAGAUGAAAUAUACAACCCGAGGAAUACAAUAAUAUACCACUGUGAUAAAUCUGCUAUUGAUAAACAUUUAAACAGAUUAGCUACUGUAAAUGUAUAAUGUAACAAUUUUGAAUUUGAUAUCCAAAGAAGAAUGAAAAUCAUAUAUAAAUGUUCCAAAAAAUGGAAUCAGUUAAAUAUGUUAUCAGAAAGUAAGGCACAAUCAUGUGGAUAGGGCAGGUAAGGGCAGAACGAAAGUUUUAGUAUCGUCUUGGAAAAAUUAUUGUGUACAGAUAUCGAGGAUAGCGGAUUCUUUAAAGUAAACGCGACGCUAUGAAACAUAAUAUAGGUUUUCCACUCCAAAUUAACCCUUUUAUAGAUUAUACUCACCUUUUUCAACAAAUCAAGUUUUUCUACAAAUUUGUUUUCAUAAGACAUUUUAAUAAGAGUAGUUUUCUCGUACGCUACGAUUAAAAUAGUAUUGUAAAUUUUAUGUAAAUUUACGGUUGAAUUGUAACGAUUAGUUUAAAAUUUAGCACGAUUCCUUUAUAUUGCAAUGCUUAUAAAACCUUUUGCCCUAGUUUGCCCUGCCCAGUACGUGCGACUCAAAGUAUGCGUAAUGUUAAGUUAGCAAUGAUGUUGGUGCAGAGAGCACUUUUCACGAUAGAACUAACGUAAACGUAUACAGGUUUCCAAAUUAAUUGGAAUAGUUCUAUCGGUCGUAAUAGAAAUGAAAAAAAAAAAAAAAAUAAAAGUAUUACAAAUAUCAUUAGAUUUCUUUCCAGCUCUAAUACUCUGUGAAACUGCAAUAAUUUUGAUAAUGAAUUAUAUAUAAAAAAUACAUCGAAACAAUUUUCAUUUGUAGAAACUAUACUUAACAUCUUCAGAGACAUAUACGUAAUGUAUCACGCGUGCUGCUGAACAGGUUGACAUUAACAAUCAAACUCUCAUCGAUUGUAAGAUUUAUUGCAUUAAGAGAUCAUAAUUGUCUUGCAUACCUGUUUUUUUUUUUUUUUUUUUUUUUAAGAUUGAAGUAUAGUACGCAAAACGGGAAAUCGAUCUUUACAAAAGUAUACAAGUUACACUUAAACUUAUCGGUGUACGACGCUUUUGCUACAAGAAUCUUCCAAUUUCAAUAUCAUUCUAAGCAAUUACGUUUAUUGGCACAGAAAUCACUUUAGGGAUAAUCUAAAUUACGGCUUUGUAUCUAGUCGCUUAUAAAGCCAAAGCAAGGUGUCCCGAACCGAUGUAAACUAUAAUGUCCCCAGUGCAGAGUCGCGCGGAAUUACAAUUGAAUUACUCCAGGAAUUGUAAUUAUGAAAUGAUCGAAUUACAUCGUAAUUCAAUUAUAUUGUAAUUCAUAAUUUAGAUCUUUCAUUCGAUUCAAUUACAAUGUAUUUUAAUUAGAUUGUAUUUCAGUUACAUUGUAAUUAAAUUGCGUAAUUGAAAUACGAUAUAACUGAAUUAGCAUAGCUCUGCCCCAGAGUGCUUUCGAAGUCCAUUAAACAACUCGAUAUAAUUAGAAGCACGACAACUUUCGAUGUCGUCUUUUUAACUUUAUACUUUUCUUUUUAUAUUAAUUUAUUGUACGAAUUCUAUCAUUCGUCGACUUCUCCAUAAUAUACAAGGUAUUUCACAAAGCCACCCAAAUAUCCCUUCCAUUUGUGGAAAAAAAUAUCACUUGGAAAUAUGAUAUUGAAAAAAAAUAUUCUUUUCGAUAUAUUGGUGUCUUUACAAUAUUUAAAUUGCAUAGAAAAUGUUUGUUGUAUCGCCACAAUUGGUGGAGAUGUUUAGGUGGCCGGGUUUGAGUGGAACACUUUAUUGAGUGAAUCAUACAAUUGUUACGUAUUACGAUAAUUUUUCAUUGUCGAAUAGAACAAUUAAUUCGUUCGGCUAAUAAGACGCACGAAACGAUUUUUAGAUAUCCUACUAAAGUAUGUGUAAGGUAUAAUUAACGAUGUAGUAAGAACUGUAUAUUUUCGCGUGUGUGAUAUAGGUGUCGAGGUUGCGGAUGCGAAACGCAAAACUGAGAAAUUGUCUAUGAAAAGUGUAACGAGGCACAAGAUAUAGAGUUACGCCGCUAUGGAGAAAUCCUAGUCACACCAGAAAAAAAAAGAAACGAACAUGUUAAUUAUUAGUUAUCGUAUUUUGUUAUAUUCUAUUACACGGUAUUGUCUAACGUAAAAUAAUCUAUAAAGAUUGGUUUGACCGAUGAAAUCGUACAUUGCAGGAUCCGUUCGGCUGUCUCGAUCUUUUAUCAACGUGUAACACGAGCGUAAUCAAGAAGAGGGAAGCUAUAACUGUUUGUUAACUAUAAUAAAGAGAAAGUAGCGAAAAAUGUUUUAACAAAGACUUGUUAUAGAUGAAGCUAAUGUACGAGAACGUGACUCGAGGAGAUAACAAAAUUAUACAAUAUUCGAAUGCAUUACGACUAUUGUUGCAUUUAAAAAAGAGAAAUAAUUAUAAACGGACACGUACUUUUGGUGCAACUUCCUGAAAUACAUAUUCGUCUUCUUUCAAAUGUAUAUUAUGUGGGGCACAUAUUACAAAUCAAAUGUGGUUUGUAUUGUGACUGCCAAAUAUGAAAAAACUACACGCACGCGCACACACACACACACACACACAUACAUACAUCACAAAUACACGCACCAUGGAAAAGAGAAAAAAAAAACGAUUUACUUGAAUACGCAACUUCCUUUAAACUGUAUUAUUUUCUUUAUAUUACCUAAGAUAGACUUUAUAUAACAAAUAAUUUAUAGCGCAAAUCUUAUGGAAUAAUGCAAAACGAGUGUUUCCUUUUUGUUACUAAAAUAGAACAAGAAUGACACUCCUAAUAAAAAUAAGAGAUUUCGUAGACGAAGGAGUAAACCUAGAUUUGUUAUGUGUGUAUAUAUAGUUCUGAAGAAAACGUUGAAUAUGCGUUGAAAUAAUGUUUGUAUUAUUUAUUAAACAAUCUGCUUUUAUAUACAUAUAAUGAGAAUUAGAUUAAGCGACCAGAUCGAUUGGACUAAAUAUUUUUGCUAUGAACAGAAAUCGAAUAAAAUAUAUAGGCGUGGAAAUUGCGGUUAAGAGCAGAAGUUGGAGAAAUCGAGAUUUCAAAUAUACGAAAGAACAUAUCAAAAUCCUAGGAGUAAUUAAUGGGAGUCACGUGCAUUUAAACUUAACAUUUGAUCAAACUCUAGUAUUUUGUACGAGACAAUGGAGAAGGGGUUAGAGUAAUAAAAAUUCCAUUCAAAGUAAUCGUACUAUUCUAAUAAAAGACUUAACUGUUCAAAUCUUGAUAAAAGUAGCUGCUCUAUGUAAAUUGUAAUUCCUCAAAUUUAUGUAAUUUCGUAUAACUAAAAUUAUUGAAACCGCUUCGAGGUUUCGAAAUCAAAAUACGCGA